AUGAAGAGUGUAUUAGCUGGGAAAGAAGCUAUUUGGAGAGCAGAUAUGGUGGUUAGGAGAUUCUUUUAUGAUGCAUGCACUCCUACUAAUGUUGUGAAUUCCUUCUACUUCAAGCCAAUGUUGGAUGCUAUAUCUGCAAUUAGUCUUGGAUACAUUGUCAAGAAUGCAGCUAAUUUGUUUCUGUUAUUUGAUGAGGUGAUUGAAUGGGAUAUUGGUAAGAUGGACCAUGUUGCUGAACUUGUAAGACGUGCAUUAAAGGUGACAAAUUUUGUGUAUAAUCAGAUAUCAUAUAUGAUGAUUAAUGACUUCGACAGAGCAAGUACGGCAGUUGAAGGUGUUGCCCCAAAUAUGAUGCAAUUUGGUCCCGCAACUACAAUAGUUCGUGAAGUCCUUACUGAAAGCAACUACGAAAAUUGGAGCACUUGUUUAAAAUGGUAUUUGGUGGGUCAAGAUCUAUGGGAAGUUUGCCAGACGAAAGACAACAUUCCUAAUAAAGAACAACAUCCAGAAGCAUUUUCAGUUUGGGAAAAGAAGAAUGCCAUGGCUUUACAUGCUAUUCAUAUUUCAUGCAGUGGAGAGAUGCUUUCUCAGAUUAGGGAGGAACCUUGUGCAAGUUACUUGUGGGACUUUUUGCAGAAACGGGCCAAACCAACCUUCUGUUUCGACCCCAAAGUCAGUGGCAUAGAUGAACGGUCACCUGCUGCCUCAGCCUCAACUGGCAUAUCUGUAAACGUAGAUCAUGCCUCAGAUUGGGUUCAAAUAAAUGUUGUUGACGACAUUGGACAAGGACGAGAUGACAGAAAUGAUUCUAAGAAAGGACUAGAUCAAUUAAUUCAUGGGCUGGUUUCAUAUCCACAAAAACUUCCUGGAAUCAAGAACAUACAUGAUCAAAAGUUGAGGCAUGCUCAAGCCAUCAAACUUCUUGGGAGCAUUUGUAUUGAACUACGAAAUAUGAAAGUUGACGUCCUUGGUUUUCAAGUGAACCAAGCAGUCUUCCAGGCUGUCAAGCGAGGGAAUGUUGAGUUUGUCACUGAGAUGAUUAAAUCUAUUCCUGAGUUAGCGUGGAGCCGUGAUAUUAAUGGAAGAAACAUAUUUUUUAUUGCAAUUUUGAACCGUCAGGAAAAGAUUUUCAACCUUUUACAUGGGCUUACUGACGCACAGAAGAUGAAAGUGAUAUCUCCUUUGGAUAGGUUUGGAAAUAGCAUGCUACAUUUGGUUGCGAUGUUAGCACCAUCGGAACAGCUUGAUGGUAUUCCAGGUGCCGCUCUGCAGAUGCAAAGAGAACUACAAUGGUAUAAGGAGGUGGAAAGCAUUGUGCCACCACUAUUCAAGGACCUUAUAAACUCAGAUGGAAAAAAGGCCAGUAAGCUGUUCUCUCAGCAGCAUGCAGACUUGGUAAAAGAAGGGGAGAAAUGGAUGAAGGAGAUAGCAACAGCUAGUUCAUUUGUAGCUGCUCUCAUUGUUACCAUUAUGUUUGCUGCAGCCUUCACUAUUCCUGGGGGUAACAAUGACAAAGGCGCUCCCAUAUUCUUGGACGAUACCUUUUUCGUAUUUUUUAUACUGUCAGAUUCAAUCUCACUCUUUUUUGCUACUACUUCAGUGUUGAUGUUCCUGGGAAUCUUGACCUCACAAUAUGCAGAAAACAAAUUCCUUACAGGGUUGCCCAACAAGCUGAUAUUUGGCCUAUACCUCCUUUUUAUCUCUAUUGCGGCCAUGAUGAUAGCCUUCUGUUUUGCCAUUGCUAUUUUGCUAAAGAAUAGCUCAAUCAAAGGGGUUAUGAUCCCGAUUAUUUUUCCACUUGCUUCCGUUCCAGUGAUCACAUUCGCAUUAUUGCAAUUUUCCCUUCCUGUUGAUAUUUUCAUUUCCACAUAUCGGCCAGGCAUCUUCGAUAGGAAUGUACAACGUUUGUACUAG